AUGAGCUGCUCUACACCUCAAAUAUUAGAUGAUAUAUCUGCUGAAUUGCCUGAAUAUAGUGGAGAUUUUGAUCUUGACAAAGAAAAUGAAAAUAUAAAUUUAAUAACAGAUAAAAUGAGAGUUGGCGAAAUCAGAUAUUCUGUAUUGCCAAUGGAAUAUCCAUCAACUUCUGCUGAAGGAAUUGCAAUAGUAUAUAACAUUGAAACUUGGGAUAAUUAUGAACAAGCAUUUAAUAAUAUGCAGUACUUUCAAGGUCGUCCCUCUGGAGGAGGUAUAAAGGCAUGUGAACAUCUUAAUGAAGAUCUUAGAAAUAAAGUUCAUACAGAGGUUGAUAUGGAUCAAGACUUUUACCAAACUCCUAGUGAAGCAGCAUUAGAACAAAGGACAAAGGAAGCCAAAACAUAUACAAAAUACCUUGCUACAACUGCUAUACAUUGUCCAUAUGAUAAUGGAAACUGUAAAGGUCAUUUUGUUUCUCGAAAACAAACAAGGCAGAUAUCUUCUGCUACUGAGGAAUGGUUUAUAGGUUGUAGUAAUUGGUGUGAUAAGGGUAAGAAAGGUAAACAUUAUUUUGAAAGACUAAAAAAUGAUGUUGAUCCAGAACUCUUGGGAAGGUUAUUUAAUGAGAUUGGAGAAGCAAAUUCAUGUAAUGUUAUUCUUUCGUCCAAUUCAAGAAGAAAAACUUGUGGAUUUUUACAUCAGCAUUCUGAUGAUAGAAUUAAAGAAGGCAGAAUUGUUGAACACAAGUGUAAAAAUAAAUUUUACAAAAUUAUACCAUUGGAUUUGAAAAAAACACCAUAUGUUAUACUUAUAUCAAAAGGUAUUCAUACUCAUCAUCCUCCUCCACCAAGUAAUGUUCCUUCUGAUAUUACUGAGAAAUUAAAAAAGAUGAUUGAGGUGGAAAGUGAAGAACUUGUAAAUAUUACAGCUAGGAAACUUAUUUCAGGCAAUUUAAUAAAAGCUACCUUUGGUAAGGAAUAUUUACCUCAGGUUCAUGCCUCAUUGAAUAACAUGGAUAAGUUACGAAGACUUGUGGCAAAGGUUCAAAAAGCACAUCAUCUAUAUGGUCAAGGUAUUCUUGGCCUUACUUAUAACAUUUGGAAAUGUGAAGAAAAUAUCUUGGAUAUCAACUUUUUCAAAUGGGCAUAUAAUGGUUAUCUAGUUCAAGGAGACAUCAAUGAAUUUGAAGUUAAUUGCUAUGAUUCACAACAUAAUAUGAGUUUAACUUAUGCACAUGUUUUUACUAAUAUUGCUGAUGCAAUUGCUUAUGAAAGAAUGUUUAAUGCACUCUUUGAUUGGAUAUAUCAGCUAACUGGCAAUAAACCACAAAUUUAUCACAUUCAUCAAAAAGGAUGGAAAUGCAUUUUGGGUGACUUAGACCAAGCACAAGCCAAAGGACUUGGAAUGGCUUUACACAAAAUACAUAACUCUCUCACAUGGGAAGAGCACUUGCUCCAUAUUUUUAAAAGUUGUCAUAUUCAUUACAAUAGAAAUGUAAAAAAUAACAAAUAUUCUUAUCAACUUAAGAAAUUAAUGUAUGAAUUUCCCAAUGCAAGCACUACUGAACGUGUCAAUCAAAUCUUUGAAGAAUUAGAAGCAUCAGAUGAAUCUACUAUUAAAGAUUGGAUUGCAUUCUAUUCAAAACCUUGGGUACGUGCAUCCUUAAAUCCUAUAUAUUCAUUUAUAGCUUUAGAUAUUUGGCAAAAUGCACCAGACAAUACCAAUGUGGCAGAAUCUUGUCAUGCCAAUUGUAAUCGGGAUGGAAAAGCAUUACCUUUAGAAGCUGCAAUAUUAAAAGCUAAAAAUUCAAUUUAUAUCUUGUGA